AGUGCAUCAGCUGAUAGCGGCAGAGCAGCCCUACAGGCGUGCUACUCUUUAGUGAAAAGUUAGGAUACACUUCCAUUACUGACUGAGUUGUACCUGUUUUAUCAUCGACAAAAACUGGAGGAGACUAAACCAGUUUUUGAUGUUUUUUCUUCUUUGACCAGGGUUAGGGAGAAAGUAAAUUAUUUCACAGCAGACGUCGUACUUUUGCUCCUCGGCGUCAGAGCUCUUCUCUCCUCAGGGAUUCAUUCCACGCAGGCAGAAUACCAAGGUGUUUAACGGGACUACUCCAAUCGCAUUUCUCUCUGCGGGCUUUGGGGAUUUUGUAGAAACCAUUAAGGAUCCGGAUUUGUCCUUACAGCCAGGAUGAGGAUCUGUUGCCUCCUGCUGUUGUUGGAGGCUCAGCUGGUUUUCUCAAUCCCAAACAGCUUCUUUUACCAUGACUUCCUCAAUGGAAAUGGCAACAAAGAAAUUCAUUUCAGUGGCGUGAAGCUCCAUGUGGACUCUGCUCAGCCAUCAGUGUUUGCAGUCACAGGGGGUAAUGCCACCAUGCCAUGCAGGUUUUGGUAUGAGCCUGAGUUGACCUCGCCAAGGGAGGUCCGGGUCAAGUGGUCCUGGCUCCCGACUGUUGCUGGGGGACAGGAGACAGACGUGCUGGUGGCUAUCGGCUCCCGCAGUCGAACCUUUGGGGACUUCAGGGGUCGUGUCCAGCUCAGACAGGAUUUCCCAGGAGAUGCUGCACUUGUGAUGACUGAACUCCAGUUGAAUGACGCAGGCCGUUACCACUGUGAGGUGGUGGACGGACUGGAGGACAAGAGCACUUCAGUUUACCUGGAGUUACAAGGAGUAGUGUUUCCCUACCAGCACCCUCAAGGUCAUUACCAUCUAAGCUUCCUGGGAGCCCAGCAGGCCUGUGAGGAGCAGGGUUCGAUCCUAGCAACCUUCCCACAGCUCUUCCAGUCCUGGAAGGAGGGUCUGAACUGGUGCAAUGCAGGCUGGCUGGCUGAUGGGACAGUCCAGUACCCCAUCACCCAGCCCAGAGUGCCCUGUGGGGGGCACAACCUCGCCCCAGGUGUCCGGAGCUACGGAAGACGACAUCUUCACCUUCAUCGCUACGAUGUCUUCUGCUUCUCCUCUUCACUCCGAGGGAAAGUGUACUAUCUUCAGCCCUCUCACAAGAUGAACCUGACUGAGGCUCAGCAGGCGUGUCAGGAGGACGGAGCAGUGCUCGCCAAAGUCGGACAGCUCUACGCCGCCUGGAAACUAACAGGGCUGGACAGAUGUGACGCAGGCUGGCUGGCUGAUGGAAGUGUCCGGUAUCCCAUCACAAAGCCACGGAGAAACUGUGGCCCCUCUGAGCCCGGGGUGCGCAGCUUUGGCUUUCCACCUCCCCAGCACAAGCACGGGGUCUACUGCUACAAGGCAGGUGAUAAAUGAUUGUAGAUCCUCUUCUCGGGGGUCAAAAAAUGUAAAGUUGGCAUGGGUUUCUUCAGAAUAUGUUUUCGUAUGACCAAGCUGCUUCAUUACUACUGCGUAAGCCCUGGAAACCUAUAGAGUGACAAUAGAAAUCUGACGGGUCCUGAGAAGAUUAAAAGCAGCCAAAAAAGCUUUUACACUAAACAAAAUUAUAUUGACUUUUUCAGAUAUUCCUCUAUUUUUUUCUCGUGAUGUACUGGAUCAUUUUAUAUACUCAUGCCUCUAAAACUUUUGCAGGAAAUAUGGAGGAAAAAUUAUUUUUCUCUCAGUCUUUUGUUUAACUGGUGUAGUGUUUUCUAUUUUAUCUACUGUACAUCUCACUGUAAUUUUGUAUUCUGUGAUUUUCUCUAUUUGUACAUGUAAGCAAAGCCUUUACUUUACUAUGAUUUCUCAGUUAAUGCUAUUAAGAAUUAAUAAUAUUGAAGCUAGUGAAAGGAUUCUCUUCGCCGAUGAAGGCCAAGACAUGUGAUUCAGAAAAAGUUGGACUUUGUUUUUCCUGUCUGAUUCCUGUCUGUCUCUUCACACAGUAAUUGUACGUCCACGUAUACACAACUUGUAGGAGCUUUAUUUGCAUAGAUAACUAUUAAUAACAUAUUUUAGGCUUGACAAAACAUCAGCUGUUAGCAGUUAGCAACGGACGCAAACGAAGUUGACUACAAAGCAAAGCAAAAAGACAACAGCUUUGAUGAUAACACCUUACCUUAGUGAAAGUGCAGUGAGCAAACAAGCAUGUCUUUUGCUUUUUGGAAAUAUUGUCGAAGGUGAGGGUUUUCUUCUGUACAGCCUCAACCCAAGCUGUCCAACAACUCUUUGUAAUUUCAGACACCAAUCUCAUUGUGUCGUUUUCCAAGUAGGAAAAUGGUGAAAGCGAACAGGAUUUAUCAGCCGUUUGCCUGUCGAUCGUGAGACCGAUUACAGCAGUUCACAAUGCAGCAAUACUGAACCAUUUUUCCUAAAAUAACAUAAAUAAAACCUUAUUAUCAAAUGACCAAUGUUACAAUUUCAAUUACUUACUAUGUAUUAUGUCUACUUCCGUACCGUGAUUCCCACAAUGCAUUGCGACGUGAUGAAACGAUCCCGAACUCUGUAACAAAAAAUAAAAUCACUCAAAAAUAGAAAUGAAAAAAGGCCAGUUUUCUCAUAUUCAGAGACGGGCAUCACAGCAUAUCACUGUCUGCAAAGAAAAGAAAAUAUGAAUAAAUCACGAGGUCUGCAGAUUCCCAGCUCAGCUAGAGCAGGUAAGGCUAGCUCUGCAGACGGACCAGAGUCAGUCAGCACCGGGGAGCGAACCGCGGGGACGCAGGUCACAGGGCUGGUGGCUAGCUGCUAGCUAGCUGCAGCAGCUAAAAUGAGAAUAUUAGACCCAGCACCGGAGGUCUGAUCCCCAUGAUCUGCUAAGUUUCCAUCCACUUGUCAAUCAAAUUAUCUGAAGUUCGGUAAAAAAAAACUCAUGCUAAUAAAGCUGGUGAUAGUGUGUUUCCAUUCAAUGGCUUUAAAGCGAAUAACAACCUGUGCGUAAUGA